AAAGUUUAACUAGUGAAAUAUUCAAAUAAAAGAACAUGCUCAAGAGAUUCUCAAAACUCAACUUUUCUAUUUUUAUUUAUAAAUCUAAAUUGCCAGCGAUUAUUUUCUUAAAGCUCCAGACAACAACUCAGAAUUAAAAAGGCCAACCUCAAGUCCAAUUCCCAUGUUGUCUUUGUCGUUCUACUUUAUGGCCGACCAUUCUCGAAGCCUUGCAGUUGCAGUUCAGAACCUGGUAAGCCUUUGAAUUCUUGUCUUCCAAACACCCAUUUUUCCAAAUCAAUCAUACUCGUUGUGUCUGAUCAGUUGCUGGAAUUACCACAAUUCAGUGUUAAACCAAAAAAAGGCUAACACCCAGUAGAAGAGCCUUUCAAUUCUUGUCUUACAAGCACCCAUUUUUCCAAAUCAAUCACCACUUGUGUCUGAGUGUACUAGUAUAACCAUAAUUCAGUGUUAAACUAAAAAAAGGCUAAGACCCUGUUGAAGUCUUUAUGGGUAAAGGAGGUGGGUGUGUACCAAGCAAGCAAAGAGCACCAAAAGGUGUUUCUGAUAAAGAUCCUCCAACUCCAAACCCAGAAAGGAACAGUACUGUUAUAAUUUCUGGGCAAAGCCAAACCCAAAGCAUUAAUACUACAACAACAACACAAGUUCAAGAUGGGCUACAAUUUCCCAAGAAGCUCAAGAUUUUCGUAGUGUUUUACUCAACGUACGGCCAUGUGGAGAUUUUAGCUAAGAGAAUGAAGAAAGGGGUUGAUUCAAUUGAAGGUGUUGAAGGGGUUCUUUAUAGAGUCCCAGAGACUUUGGCUCCGGAUAUCUUGGAGCAAAUGAGGGUGCCUCCGAAGGACAAUGAGGUUCCCUUGAUAUCUGUGGAGGAGUUGGUUGAGGCUGAUGGGUUUCUUUUUGGAUUUCCAACGAGGUAUGGGUGCAUGGCGGCGCAGAUGAAGGCGUUUUUUGACUCGACAGGGCGGCUGUGGGAGCAGCAGAGGCUGGCGGGUGUGCCUGCCGGGUUUUUUGUUAGCACUGGCACACAGGGAGGAGGGCAGGAGACCACGGCUUGGACAGCAAUCACUCAAUUAGCCCAUCAUGGGAUGCUUUAUGUACCUAUUGGGUACACUUUUGGUGCUGGAAUGUUCAAAAUGGACUCCAUCAGAGGCGGAUCUCCAUAUGGUGCAGGAGUAUUUUCUGGUGAUGGCACUAGGGAACCAAGUGAUACUGAGCUUGCUCUUGCAGAGCAUCAGGGCAAGUACAUGGCUGGUAUAGUCAAGAGGUUUGCCAAAGCUUCUUAACUCUGAUCACAGCCUCAACUAGUCUCUCUAAAGCGGCGUUAACAUCCUACUCCAUUUUUUCUGUUCUUCACAGAUUUUCACUCGGUUUUGUGAGGUCUUCAGAUAUCGUGUGUUAAUAGAUUUUAGAUAGCUGAGGAGCAUUUCAUUUAAUAGCUUGAAUACUUGUAUUUCCCACAGCAGAUUUCACUUCAUUGAUUGUUCGUUUUAUUUGUAUAUGGUCUGAAAAUCCUUUCUUUCUUUUUUUUUUUUUUUGUAUCACUUAAUAUCAUCAAUAAUAUAGAGGUGUGUGUUCUUCUCCAUA